UUGGCCUAGAUUGAGGAACCAAUUCAUCAACAUAAUCAUCUUAUCUUCAGUCCUAUCAAUUUAGGUUGGCUUUUUAAAUGGUAGAUUGACGAAAGCUUUAUGAUCAGUUUCCCACCAGACAUCAACCUUCAUCUUUCUAUUGAAGCCACCCAUGUGCCAAAAUGAUCCUAUCCAAUAUUGACCCUAACCAAACUAUUAGGAGUCGUUUGGAUGCCUGUAAAUGGACAAAGUUGUAACGAUUUACAGGUAAAUCAUUUAUUCAUUUACACUUUGCGUUUGGAUGACCUUUUUUGCAUGUAAAUUAACUGUAAAUGAUUUACAACAUUUGCCCCCAUCUCAUUUACAAGCAAAAAGUUCGGAUUUCAUUUACAUGCUCUCCAUUUAUAGCCUACCAACUAUAAAUAGAAAGACUGGCUCUCCAUUUACAGGACUCAAACAAUUUACAAGCUAUCCAAACAUAGACAAUCAUUUACCUGUAAAUCAUUUAUAGCUUAAAGCCAAACAAAAUGGGUUGAAGAACUUAAACCAUUUAUAGGCAUCCAAACGACCCCUUACAUGCACAAUCAAGAGGGCAUGCAAGCAAAGUAGGGUCAAUGGGUCAUGGAAAAAAUAAAAGAGGAACCCAUUAAUAUUUUAAAUGUAUAAUGUAGGCAUGACCUUCUUCUUUUUUAAACGCGCACACACCCUCACACCUACACACACAACAAUGGGUUGUCGAACCCAUGACCUCAGUGUUGAAACUCUUGCGAGUCUACCACUAAGCCAUGAGUACGGACCCAUUGUAGGCAUGACUUGGUUGUACAUUGCAUUAGCAUUAAUAUAAUCCUUUCUUCCCUCUCUUUUCUAUGAGGAUUGAUCUUGCUCAUCAGCAAAUGUACAGUUCAUUGAUGAUUUGGUGACAUGUGGGAUAACUUACACAUUUAUGGCCAUGGUUUGUUGAUCCGAACAAUUGAUCUAAUGGUUCCUGUAGUGGAUUAGGGAUGCUUGGGAAAUCUCCAAAAAUGGAAAUUUCUAACCCGUCAAUCAUUGGCCUAAAGCUAUACAGUUAAGGAGAAGAUAUAUCAAUAGUUCAUAUUCAUCCGAAAAUAGUCCAAUGAUCAGAGGGGUAAAAGUGAUUAGAAACUUUCAAUCUAGGAGAUUUUUAAGGCCCAUUUGGAUACCACCAAAUAAGUUAAUUUUUCUACUUAACAACAGUAGAUAAGGAACUUAUUUGAGAUAAGCUAGUUUGGUUUAUCAUCAAUUAUAAGUAACUUUUUUAUUUGAUGUUACUUAAUCACUUCGGUUUAAUAAGUAGAAAUCAAGAUAAUUCCUCCUUUCUAUGUGCAUUCUCUUUGAUUUAAAUGUUUGUGGAAGGAAACAAGCACCUUCCUAGUAGUAUCCUUUCACAAAAAGGAUAUUCCUAAAAGAGUAUCCAAUGCUAAAUGUUAAUUUCCAAAUUAGUUAUCAAGCAUUCAUUUACAGUAGAGUGGCACAUAUAUAUGAGAUUCCCACCUGGGAUAAACCAAUCAGAUGAUUUUGGCCAUCACUUGUAAGAUUUUUGCAAAUUGAAUGUUGACCAUUGGUUGGGCUUUUCCCUCUCUGCCCAUUUUUAAUCCUGAAGAUUAUUCCAAUAGGAGGCUAGAAUCAACUGGCUGGCAUGACUUUUGGGUUAUGCGUUGUCCAUGAUCAGGUCUAGUAGAUGAAGGGUCCAGACCACAUACAUGUAUACCACACCUACUGAUAUUGAAUGCUUGAUAACUCAGAUGGCAUUGAUAGAACUGAAUCCGUUCUACUCUUGAAAUACUAACACACCUUCUUAUAUUCAUUCUCAUAUUGCAAGAAGAAGAAGAAAAUGGGAGUGAAGGAGCAAUCUUCCUAAAAAAGUUUGUGUUAGUCAGAGCAGGGGGCCAUGACUCCUGGCAUAUAGAGACUAGUGCUUGAUGCUGGCAGGUGCCUGUGUUUGAGGCCCUACAAUGCUGAGAUUCCAAGGUUGAGCUGAGUCUUGAUUUUUGACAACAACAUAGAGGUCUUGGAGAGAGGUUGGAGUGCUAGAAAGCCAUGAAGAAAAGACAUUGCGAUAGAAUCAGUGAGCUACCUGAUGGCAUUCUUCUUCACAUACUUUCUUUAAUGCCGAUAAAAUCAGCAAUGAGAACUAGCAUUCUAUCAAGGAGAUGGAGAAACAUGUGGAAAUACAUUUGGGUUUACACCUCCCAUUUGGACUUUGGAGAGGAAUUCACCAAUGGCCAAACGCCAGAACAAUUUGCUGGUAUUGUCAACAAAAUCUUAGAGCUCCACAACAGCAAGACAGUUAAAAGGUUUCGGCUCUUUUUCUAUCCCGGCGAUAGAUAUAUGCCCAAUGCAAUGAAAUGGAUUGAAUUCGCCACAUCAAAGGGAGUUGAGGAGCUUGAUCUUGGCUUACGGCAAACUUUCAUGUAUGAAGUUGCGGGCGGAAUUUUCGGCGGAACAAAGCCAUUUAAGUUGCCCAAUUGUUUAUUUUACUGCCAAUCACUGACCCUUUUGAGUUUGAGUCAUUGCCUUUUCAGCCCACCCUCGAAUUUCAAUGGUUUCUGUUCACUCCAAGCUCUUUGUCUUAGGCAGGUGAAUAUCACAGAUUCAAUAAUUCAAACCAUUCUUUCCAAUUGCCCAUUACUUGAGAAAUUGGAUCUAAGAGAUUGCGGCCCGCUGAGUUUGAUCAAGGUUUGCGCUCCUGAUCUCAAGCUUAAAAGCUUGACAUUGGUCGAUUGUUGGCAUGCAGAUGAGAUUGAAAUUUUUGCUCCAAAUCUCCUAUCAUUUCAACACUAUGGCCGCCUUUUCUAUAAAUACUCAUUCAGGAACAUCCCAUCCUUGGUGGAUGUACUUGUUAGUUUGACAGAUUUUGAAGGUAGGGGACCUGAACAUGGUUGGAUGCAAAUUCUGUCCAGCCUCACGCACGUUAAGAUCUUGACUGUGUGCACCGGGCCCCUUAUGUAUCUCGGUAUGCCGAUUGAAUACACGCCUGGAGAUUUUCCAGUUGAAUUUCACAACUUGCAAGAGUUGAAGCUGGUGGUGGAAUCAGUGUUCAACAACUAUCUGACUGACAUUUACUGCUUCUUUAGAUGGUGCAUCUGUCAUUGUCUAGAGAAGCUUUUCAUAGAACUCCCGGCCACCCCUGAAGAUCCUUGCUCGAGCGAUGGCUUCACGAUGCCGGUAGAAGAGCUACCGGAGUGUGUUUUUCAUCGUCUCAAGACUAUAACGAUGAACUGCUUUGGGGGGCAGCAGGACGAGAUACGGUUAGUGAAAUUCUUCCUAGAGAAGGCCAUUGUACUUGAGUCUUUGGUUUUAAUCACCACUCCGAAAUCUCACUUAGAGAAAGGCGUCGGUGGCAUACAAAAGGCUACUAAAUCUUACUCAGAGUGUAAUGAAAUGCCACUAACACUUCUCUACAAGCGAUUGUCGCUCUUGCAGAAGGCAUCGUCUGAUGCACAAAUAGUCUUAUGUAAGCAUCCAAAAGAUAGCAGUAGUUUGCGCCCAUCACAUGCUGAAAUUUACAGCAGGGUUUAAACCAUUUUUUUUGUGAGAAUCAGUCUCUUAUCUACUGAUGUGUAAAGUUUAGGUUUAGCACAUCAAGAUCAAACAUUUGUCCACUCUCUUAUACAUACAUACCUAGAAAGAAUAUGAUUGGGUCCCUUAAGCAAGGUAUUUCGUAACGAUUACGGUGGCCAUAACAGCCACCACCAUUACCUUUACAAUACGGGUUGUAAUGUCUGUUAUGGCCCUUGUAACGGCCAUUAUGGUUUCCUUUUUUAUUGAAAAAAAAAAAAAAAAACUCAAAAAACCUAUAUCUGCCCCACAACAUUGAAAAAAAUAAAUUCAAAAACCUCU